AUGUCUUCCCUUCUUCUCUCCCUCCUCCUCCUCCUCGGCCCGGCCGCGGCGGUGCGGGGCGAGCCCGGGCUCCUCCUCGCGAAGCACGCCCCCGCCUCGGUCGUGGCCGCCCCCGGCCUGAGCGGCAGCGGCGGCGGCGGCGGCGGCGGCGGCGGCGAGCAGAAGGCCGCGGGGGCGCUCUUGGCCACGCCCCGCGCCCGGCGAUCGCUCGCGAGUACCGACACGUACGGCACGAUCUUUGGGCGCAAGAUCGGGCAGACGAUGCAGAUCUUUGCGUACUCGAGCGACACGGCAACGAUCGGUACGUCCGGCGUGCUCAUCGACGCGGACACCGCCCUCUCCUGGCAAACCGUCGAGCUCGCCUUUGCCAACGGCGUGAUCGAGAGCGUCGCCGCCGAGAACGGCCUCACUGCGACUAUCAAAACGAACAACAAGGAAGUCGGCGUCGGCGACAUGGCUGGCUCGGGCGACACCCACCCCGCCGGCCUCGUCAUGACUGUCACCUUCACCUCCGGCACGGACAUGGACAGCGUGUACAUCGACUUCUCGUCGAGCACAACCGUGAUCUGCAUCUUGACCUGCGUCCCGUUUACCUCGACGCCCCGUGUGGCGACCGUCGUGCAGGACAAGAGCAACAACCUCUACCUGUUUGCCUCGCCCAACACGCCCACCGACGGCAAGGCUUCGACCAUCGAGAUUGCGGUCACGGGCGCCGUUGACGAGAGCGACAUCACCCCCCUUCUCACUGACAUGACGCUGCAGGUUGGCAGCGGCUUCUUCGGGCUGACCAUCCUCGACGGCACGUCGAAUCUCCCCGACGGCGAGGCGAUCGCCGUCGCGUCUCGGCCCCUCCUCGACAUCGACGUGGACUCUGUGACGACCGCGGUCGUCGCCUCUCCCGCCGCCCCGGCAUUCGACGCGCUCAUCUUUGUCAUCGGGGCGGCCUUCGACCCGUGCGUCUUGUGCAACGCAAUCGUGAGAAAGACUGGCAACAGGCCCCCAUCGUACGGAAACCCGUGCCUGCCUGGCGACCCGACGAAAACCUACAAGGACGGCCCCAAAUCCUCCGCCGACCUCGUCCAGUUGACUACCGAGUGCUACACGAACAUCGCGGACGAGAACGUGCAUGAUGCUCCCGUCGCCGUCCCCGCCUGCGCUUCCGCCGGCCUCGUACCCGCCGCCGCCGCCGUCCGGCUCGCCCGCGCCGCCGCCGCCGUCGGCCUCGCCCUCCCCGCCGCCGCCGUCCGCCUCGCCGUCGCCGCCACCUCCGUCUGCGUCGCCCUCGCCUCCGCCACCCUCCGCCUCUCCCUCCCCGCCACCUCCUUCCGCGUCGCCGUCGCCACCGCCUCCCUCCGCGUCGCCGUCCCCGCCGCCUCCGUCGGCCUCGCCGUCGCCGCCGCCGCCAUCCGCGUCGCCGUCGCCGCCGCCUCCGUCCGCCUCGCCCUCGCCGCCGCCUCCCUCCGCCUCUCCCUCCCCGCCACCUCCUUCCGCGUCGCCGUCGCCACCGCCUCCCUCCGCGUCGCCGUCCCCGCCGCCUCCGUCGGCCUCGCCGUCGCCGCCGCCGCCAUCCGCGUCGCCGUCGCCGCCGCCUCCGUCCGCCUCGCCGUCGCCGCCGCCUCCCUCCGCCUCUCCCUCCCCGCCGCCUCCUUCCGCGUCGCCGUCGCCACCGCCUCCCUCCGCGUCGCCGUCGCCGCCACCUCCUUCCGCGUCGCCGUCGCCACCGCCUCCCUCCGCGUCGCCGUCACCGCCGCCUCCGUCGGCCUCGCCGUCGCCGCCGCCGCCAUCCGCGUCGCCGUCGCCGCCGCCUCCGUCCGCGUCGCCCUCGCCGCCGCCUCCCUCCGCCUCUCCCUCCCCGCCACCUCCUUCCGCGUCGCCGUCGCCACCGCCUCCCUCCGCGUCGCCAUCCCCGCCGCCACCCUCCGCCUCUCCCUCCCCGCCACCUCCUUCCGCGUCGCCGUCGCCACCGCCACCCUCCGCGUCGCCGUCGCCGCCCCCGCCAUCCGCCUCGCCGUCGCCGCCACCUCCUUCCGCGUCGCCCUCGCCGCCGCCUCCCUCCGCCUCUCCCUCCCCGCCACCUCCUUCCACGUCGCCGUCGCCACCGCCUCCCUCCGCCUCUCCCUCCCCGCCACCUCCUUCCGCGUCGCCGUCGCCACCGCCUCCCUCCGCGUCGCCGUCCCGGCCGCCUCCGUCGGCCUCGCCGUCGCCGCCGCCGCCAUCCGCGUCGCCGUCGCCGCCGCCUCGCUGCUCGACCUCCGCGCCGCCACCACGUACCAGGACUCGAGCUUGUUCGACAAGCAGGCGCCCGUGAGCGACCUGUCAUACGCCGACAGCACGACGGGACGGCCGUGGGCCGAGUGCGGCCAGUACACAAGCCAAUGGUGGGGCGUCGACCUCGGGAACGAGGUGUAUGUGCGCUACGUGCGGCUGCAGAACCGCAACGACUGCUGCGCGGAGCGGCUGACGGACGUCGACAUCUAUCUCGGCUCGACGGCGGAGACGUACACGGGCAACGCGCUGGUGAAGUCAGACGUGAGCGUGUUGUCGAACGUGAUGUUGGAGGUGGAGAUCAACGCGUUGGGGCGCUACAUCUACCUCAACCGGCCGUCUGCGGCGGGGCUGACGGUGUGCAAGUUCUACGUCUUCGCAGGAAAUCGCAAUGGUCCACCUCCUUCCGCGUCGCCGUCGCCACCGCCUCCCUCCGCGUCGCCGUCCCCGCCGCCUCCGUCGGCCUCGCCGUCGCCGCCGCCGCCAUCCGCGUCGCCGUCGCCGCCGCCUCCGUCGGCCUCGCCCUCGCCGCCGCCGCCCUCCGCGUCGCCGUCGCCGCCGCCUCCGUCCGCGUCGCCCUCGCCGCCUCCCUCCGCCUCUCCCUCCCCGCCACCUCCUUCCGCGUCGCCGUCGCCACCGCCUCCCUCCGCCUCUCCCUCCCCGCCGCCGUCCGCCUCGCCGUCGCCGCCGCCGCCUCUGCCGCCGCCUCCCUCCGCCCUGCCUGCGCCGCCGCCGUCCGCCUCGCCCUCUCCGCCGCCGCCGUCGGCCUCGCCGUCGCCGCCGCCGCCUGACGUGCAGCUGCUCGACCUCCGCGCCGCCACCACGUACCAGGACUCGAGCUUGUUCGACAAGCAGGCGCCCGUGAGCGACCUGUCAUACGCCGACAGCACGACGGGACGGCCGUGGGCCGAGUGCGGCCAGUACACAAGCCAAUGGUGGGGCGUCGACCUCGGGAGCGAGGUGUAUGUGCGUUACGUGCGGCUGCAGAACCGCAACGACUGCUGCGCGGAGCGGCUGACGGACGUCGACAUCUAUCUCGGCUCGACGGCGGAGACGUACACGGGCAACGCGCUGGUGAAGUCAGACGUGAGCGUGUUGUCGAACGUGAUGUUGGAGGUGGAGAUCAACGCGUUGGGGCGCUACAUCUACCUCAACCGGCCGUCUGCGGCGGGGCUGACGGUGUGCAAGUUCUACGUCUUCGCAGGAAAUCGCAAUGGUCCACCUCCUUCCGCGUCGCCGUCGCCACCGCCGCCAUCCACCCCGGGAGCUUCCUGCAAGGCGGGGCUCUGCACUGGCAACAUCUUCGAGACGUGCUUCUACGACCCGGGCUGCGCGGCCGGGGGGCUGGGUUGCAACGCGGGCGGCAAGACACUCUGCCGCUUUUGCGAGUUUGGCGCCUACAAGGCGAUCGAGUGCGCGCCCUGA